GAACGGAACGGGCGCGCGUUCUCAUCGUGUUCCCUGCCCUUUCCCAUCCAUUUCAGAGUCGCUUUGCCUCCGUACCGUCCCCUUUCCCCAUAAGCUCUCUUCGUCGCCUAUCCCCCUAGUCCCCAUUUCACCCCUUCCAUUCCCAGUCCGUUCCUCUAUGACCCCCUAUACUUCCUCUCCAUUCCCUGUCCCUCCCAUUCCUCAUCUUUCUCCUUCCACCUCCGCCCGUUCUAAAUCUCAUUACUCCCAUCUCAACUGUUCCCCGUUUCCCCUCCAACCCCACUGUUUCCCAUCCCUUUUCCUUAUCCACCCCACUCCAUUCCCCAUCCCAUUCAUCCACCCUUUCCCCCAUUCCUCUCUCCAUAUCCCCAUCACCCUAGUCCUCAUAACUUUCUGCCCUCCAUACCCUCCUAGCAGCAGCAGCGAGGAGUUGGCACUCCCCUUCACAGUUCCCCUUCACUUGCCUUCCAGGCUCUUCACCCUGAGGCUGCCUGCCCGGCAUGGUGCCCGGGGGUACCGAGCAGCACUCUGCACACAGCUGGCACAGCCCCUGCUCGUGCAAGACCUCCCGGCCCCUCGGCUGCAGCCGUGCCAGGUCCGUGUGCGUGUCCAUUACUGUGGGUUAAAUUUUGCUGAUAUCUUGGCCUGCCAGGGGUUAUACCAGGAGAAACGCACUCCUCCGUUCACCCCUGGAAUGGAGUUUUCAGGGACUGUAAUGGAGACAGGAGAAAACGUCAGUGCUGUGAAGGAGGGUCACAGGGUGAUCGGUGUGUCUGGCGUCAGCGCUAUGGCAGAGGAGUGCAUUGUCAAUGAGAAGGCACUGUGGCAGAUCCCUGACAACAUGUCCAGUGAGGAUGCAGCAGUGCUGCCCGUUGCCUAUGGCACAGCCUGGCUGGCUCUGCACCACCGAGCACAUCUGCAGCCACAGGAAACAGUGCUAGUGACAGCAGGAGCUGGAGCCACUGGCCUUGCCAUCAUUGAUCUGGCUGUCAGCGUGUUCCAGGCAAAGGUGAUAGCAGCAGCUGGCAGUGACCCCAAGUGCCAGCUGGUCCUGGCAAAUGGGGCAAGCCAUGCAGUGAACUACAGCCAGAACAGUCUCAGGGAGCAGGUGACAGCACUCACAGGUGGCAGAGGGGUCAAUGUGGCCAUCGAAGCUGUUGGUGGAGACAUCUUCAAGGCUGCCCUGCAGAGUUUGGCUUGGGAGGGCAGGAUUGUGGUGAUGGGUUUUGCCGGAGGGAAAAUCCCCUCAAUUCCUGCCAACCUGCUGCUCCUCAAGAACGUGUCAGCCAUGGGAGUGUACUGGGGUCGAUACCAGCAGGAGGACUUCCCCCUUUUCUCCUCUGCCAUGUCCUCCCUUCUUCAGUAUUGCCAGGAGGGAAAGAUCCAUCCACAGAUCGGAGCGGUCUUCAAACUGGAAGAGGUGAAUGAAGCCUUCAACCACGUGCUUCAGCGCAAGUCCACUGGAAAGGUCAUCAUCUCCAUGAAGUAAAAGGGCUGUGAGGGAUUUCUUGCAUGGCUGUGCAUACAGUAAACUAGAGGACCCUCAGCCGACCUUGUGCAUGUCCUGCAUCAUCGUAUGUCUAUAAGAGGAGUAUUUUCACAAGGCUGUUUGACCUUCCAAAAUCAUCAAUAAAGUUAUAUGACACUCCA